AUGGGGACCUCCUGUAGCUACCUAGAUAAAGAAGACCUCGCCGACGAUGCCGAGAAGGCUGAGCAGCGCCCCGAACAGCCUCAGCGCGCUCAUUCAAAGCUUGUCAAGACGCACCCUCAUCAGGAGAGAUUUAUACAUCCCGCUGACAUACCAGCCAGCAAACCCUCUGGCUUUGGAUCUCGCAAGACCAACACAACAACCAAUCAUAAAUUCGCCAUGACUUAUAACACCGUUGCCGCCCUCGACGUCGUCAUCGACAAGAGGCGCGCCCAGUUCCCCCGGAUCCAGGAGCCUACCAUCGCCGUCGACACGGGCAAGGCUGCGGCUGUCCCCGCGCGCUUGAGGGCCUACUUGGAGGAACGCCGCAAGACCAAGGAAAGAGAGGAUGCUCUCUCGUUCGCCUGGAGAUGUACUCAGACUGCUUCCGCAAAACAACGGCAUGCCGGCCGGAUCCUGGACGUGUUGAAACACAAUGAUCGCAUCCAGAUUUAUAAAGCCCAGCCAAACCAGAAAGGCCUGGAAGGCCAAGAAUUCCCUCGCUUCCCUGGGGACCAUUUUCUCCAUAACCAAACUUUGAUAGAGCAGACAAAGGUCUUUCGAGUUGCAAAGAAGAUGCCGAAAGGGGCGCAUCUCCAUAUCCACUUCAACGCAUGCCUCCUGCCCUACGUUCUGAUCAGAAUCGCCCAGGAUAUGGAGCGCAUGUUCAUCAUGAGCAAUAUUCCGCUGACCGCCAAGGAGAAUUGGGACAAAUGUGAAAUCCAAUUUUCCAUUCUGCCGCCGGAAAAGGAGAGACCUGGAAACCUGUUCAAUCCCGCAUAUAUAAACCGCCAAACCAUGAAAUUCGUGGACUUCAUCCAGGAGUUCCCAACACACUACCCGGAGGAAUGCAUACGGAAGAGUAAAUCACCAGAAAGCUGGGCCGAAGACUGGCUCAUCGACAAAUUGGUCUUCGAUGAAGAAGAAGCACACCACUGGCUGCAAACAGUAGAUGGCGCUUGGGAGAAGUUCAAUGGCCGGACACGUAUGAUGAAAGGACUUUUCAAUUACGAAACCGCCUACCGUAGGUACACUAGGCUGUGCUUGGAAGAGUUCAUCCAAGAUAAUAUACAGUACGCCGAGAUCAGGCCAAAUUUCAUGGAAACAAAUCAGGUUUGGACGGACGAUGGGACUAGGCAAAUCGACAACGUGGGCAUCAUGCAGAUCAUCACAGAGGAGUACGACAGGUUUCAGCAGGAGACAAACGACUAUUUCGGCGGCCUCAAGGUCAUUUACUGCACUCCUCGGUCCUUCUCCAAAGAACACGUUAGAUAUUCCUUGAACGAGUGCAUGCAAUUCAAGAAACGAUGGCCAGAGUGGAUUGCUGGCUAUGAUCUCGUUGGGGAGGAAAAUAAAGGACACCCAUUGGGCUUUUUCAUCGAGGAGUUCCUCGAAUUCCAGGAAAACUGCGAGAGAGAUGGAUUGGAUAUACCAUUUCUAUUCCACUGCGGUGAGACAUUAGAAAUGGGCAAUGAUACCGACGGCAACCUGCUCGAUGCGUUGCUCCUCAAGUCCAAGCGGAUCGGCCAUGGAUUCGCCCUGGCGCGGCAUCCCUACAUCAUGGAGAGGAUGAAGCAGGAGAAUGUCUGCCUGGAGGUCUGCCCCAUCUCAAAUGAGAUACUAGGGUUGACUCCGCGGAUGAACGGGCACACCAUGUACAACCUCCUGGCAAACGACGUCCAUUGCACCGUGAACAGCGACAAUGGCACAUUAUUUAGAUCUACACUCUCGCACGACUUCUAUCAAGUCCUGAUCGGAAAAACAGACAUGGACCUCCACGGCUGGAGACAGUUGAUAGAAUGGAGCCUGGAGCACUCGUGCAUGUCACCAAAGGAACUGGACGCGGUGCGUUUCGAGUGGGAGAAGCGCUGGGAGGUGUUCCUGGACUGGAUCAUCCAGACGUACGGGGACGAGGCCAAGCUCCCGGACGACGACGAGUAA